AUGUUACGCCGUUUGUGCCCUUGCAUCCGCCGGCGUGCCGCUGACCGCGACGAGCGGAAGAAGCUGAAGAACAAGAAGGCGCAGGCUUAUGAUGUCUCCGACACCAUGUACAGUGACUACACUGCCACUACCGAUCAGCAGCCGCUGCCACCGACGCUGCCACGCCCGCCUUCACCGCCGCUAACGCCGCCUCCCAACACCUCAGGCGGCGAGACCACAACUACUGAUGAGCUGCUGCCCACCGCCAACUUGGGCAGUGGCGAUGUUAAUGUUGCUUAUGACUCUCUGGCCCCCACCACCUCGCCUAGUGGAGAUAGUAAUGCUGCUGAGUUGCAGCCCCCCACCUCCUUUUACAAUGGAGACCACACUGACGACGGUGAACCGUCUCACCCCACUUUUUUCGAAGGCAGUGACAUUACAGCCGCUAAUGAACUGCUGACCCCCACUGUCUUCCACAGUGACGAUAUUAUUAUUGCUGAAGUGCAGCCCCCCACGAUACUGGGCAGCGGCAACAAGGCUCCCAACAACGAACCACCGAAUCACAUCAUCUUGGAUGUUCGCGAUGCCACAUCCACUAGUGAGCUGCUGCCUCCGAGAAACCCUGACAGUUGCGACUCUAGUAUUGCUGUCUUGCACAGUGACGAUAUUAUUACUGCUGAACUGCAGCCCCCCACGAUACUGGGCAGUGGCAACAAGGCUACCAACGAUGAACCACCGCAUCCCACCAUCUUGGAUGUUCGCGAUGCCACAUCCACUAGUGAGCUGCUGCCUCCCAGAAACCCUGACAGUUGCGACUCUAAUAUUGCUGUCUUGCACAGUGACGAUAUUAUUACUGCUGAACUGCAGCCCCCCACGAUACUGGGCAGUGGCAACAAGGCUACCAACGAUGAACCACCGCAUCCCACCAUCUUGGAUGUUUGCGAUGCCUUAUCCACUAGUGAGCUGCUGCCUCCCAGAAACCCUGGAAGUUGCGACUCCAAUACCACUGAGUCGCUGCCCCCCACCACCUUGGGCAGCGACGAAGCGUCUGCCGAUGUUAAGCCACCAUGUCCCUCCAUCUUGGAUGGUGGCUACUGCACGUCCACUAAUGAUCUGAAGCUGUUCACCGCCUUGGGCACUGACUACACUAUUCCUGCUGAGUCACUGCCUCCCACCACGUCGAGCAACUUCAACACAGCUGGCAAUGAUCAACUACUGAAUCCCACCAUCUUCCAAGAUGGUGUCAAGACCACUGAAUUAUCUUAA